AUUAUCCUGAAUAAUGGGUGCCACGGUUUCAGUCGUCAAUCAGACUCCUUAUACCUGGUAUUUUGCCACUCAGGACAGGGGGUAUACACGCAUCGAUGCUGGCUGCACAACAUCCUAUGCGGAGAAAAGGUUAAUCCAUCGCUACUUCUACGUCAGAUAUAAAGAUCACACAUGGAACAGUUUUAAGUAUGAGUUUAACACCCAUAAAGGCAACACCUCCUUCAUCUUAAGGGAAACCUUUGACCGUUCCCAGAUUCAGAUGCACUGCACCUCUGAGGGUGGCACGCAUUACUGUACCAACUAUGGAAAAAUUGAAGAAGAUGAAAAACAGAGACAGCAAGAGGAGGAAAGAAGACGCCUGGAACGUUUGGAACGUGAGCAAAGGAUUCAACAGGAGCUAGACAGAGAGAGUGAAUCAUCUAGACACAAGCUUUCUCGAGCAACUGAGCGGCUUCGUCAAAAACAGAGCUUUAGAGGUCGCGAGCAACAUCAUGAACGCACACAAGCUCUCCAUCAGCAAAUAGAAGAUGACGCUGCUGCGAUUGAGAGGGACGAGGUUAAUGAUGUUGAAGAAAAAUUCAAAGACCUUCUGUUAAAGUACCAGAUUACAGAAGAUAAAGAGGUACAGCACUACCAGAUUUGGGACAGGAUUAAGACACUCCAGAAUGAACUUGCAGUUCAAUAUUGUAGAGAAAACAACCUUUCAGCAGGGUCUCAGUUUACCUUUGAUCAAGCUAUAGGAUAUAACGAACUGUCUCUUACAGAGAAGCUCACAGUUCUCGAAGCAUCUCUACAGUUCAUUCUGCACAGUAGCACUGCAGAUGCUAAAGAUGAUGGGGAUCAGCCGCUAGGCUGGGAGAAGUACGACUUUCUCUUGGGUUUGCUGACAGAAGGUAAAGGAUGUCUUCUAGAGAUUGGCACAGGUGAGGGCAAGUCCUGUAUCUUAGCCAUGUUUGCAACAAUUCUGGCCAUUCGUGGAACAAAAGUGGACAUUGUGACAAGCUCUCCGCUUCUUGCCCAACGAGACCAAGAAGAGUGGAAAAAGUUUUUUGAAAUGUUUGGUGUCACCUCGUCUGUAGUACCUCCACGUUACUUGAGUAACUAUACACCAGAGGAACAAGAGGAACAAGUUAAAGAUGCUUACAGGCAACAAAUAGUAUAUGGCACAGUGGGAGUCUUUGCAGCAGACAUACUUAAACAGGAAUUUGAGAAGAGGACUACUCGUGGUACAAGGCCAUUUGAGCUUGUAAUAGUGGAUGAAGUGGACUAUAUGACCUUGGACAAUGGAGUUCAAGUAACAUUCUUGUCCCAUGAAUCUAGUGGAUUUAGGCAUGUGGAGCAAGUGCUUUCCAACAUAUGGGCCAUGAUAUCUACUUGUCAACCAAUUGAAAUGCUUGAAACAGGGGAGAUAAAAUGGGCGACAAGGAUACAGUACUUUCAUAAAGCUGUAACAGCAGCCAUUAUGGGGCUGGAAACAUCAGACAGCUUUUCAGCAAAUGAGAUCUUGUUGCCUGGAGUGACUUUGGGGUUCUACACCCAGGAGGAUAUUGAUAUGUUAAAUCAAGCUGAGACCAAGAAAGAAAAUGAUGAUGGGAAUGAGGACAGAAUGUCCAAAGCAUUAUCUGAAGUCAUGAAGAAACUUGGUGUUUUACAACAGUAUGAUCUUGUGAGUAUAUUUGAGGAGGUCUUGGAAAACAGUGCAGUGUUUAAGUGCUAUUCUUUAGAGAACAAGAAAGCCAAAUGUUUUCAAGCUCGGGAAAAACAAGGUGACCUUAAUGUUGAAAUUCUACUGCUGGAAGGAGGACUAGCAUGUGAAAUCAUGUCUGAGAAAUCGCUCAUUGAUGCAACUUUACCAGUUUUUGUUGAGAAUGCACUAAGGGCUGUUGAGAUGACACGGGGCCGGGAAUACAUGAUUGACACCUCAGCGGCCGCUGAGAGAGACGUUGCUGACAGUCAUGACAGAGACAAGUAUAAUGCGAUAAUUCCAGUGGACUUUAAAGCCAGUGGUGUGCUAGAGAAAAACAAGAAGUACCUCAGUGGGAGUGGCAUAUUUGGUGUUUCUGGUACAUUAGGAGGUAGGGCAGAUUGGGACUUUCUGGCAAAACAUUAUAAAGCAAAGAGCUACACUGUACCUGCACAUCGCCAUAAAAGGGUGGUGGAGCUUCCUGUCAUCCAGGCGAAAGGUGGGAAUGACCAAUGGAUCCAGACUAUUUGCGAAACUUCAUGGAAAGUAGCAGAGAGAGGACAAGUUGUCUUGGUAAUUUGUGAAGAUGUUAAAACAGCAGAUGAACUACAUAAGAAAAUACAAGGCGGUGGCAGAGUUAAGGCAGAACAGAUUACUCUGUACACAAUCAGUGAGAAGCACAACAUUGAAAGAGAGAACUUCUGUGCAGGCAGAAUCAUCAUUGCUACAAAUCUUGGAGGACGGGGGACAGACAUAAAGGUCGAUGAAAGUGUGAAUAAGUGUGGUGGUCUUUUUGUUCUACUUACUCACUUUCCACCCAACCGAAGAGUCGAGAAACAAAUAUUUGGUCGUACGUCUCGAAAAGGCAAUCCUGGCAUGGUCCAGAUGAUUGUCAGUUGUGAUCAUCUCGCACCCGCUUACCAAGAUCAGUCUGUGGAAAUCAUGCGUCAGCUAAGAGAGGAUUAUGAAAUUAAACGAAUCCAUGAUAUGGAAAGUGAUGAGCUGGUUGAAAUAAACCUAAAGGAAAAUCUGUUCUCCACAUUUUGCACAUUGCUGAAGGACUUUGAUGGGUUUGAUUAUCAGCCAGCCAUCAACGCUCUGAAAGAAUCUUGGGCCUUGUGGUUGACCCUUCACGAGGAUCACAUCAAUAGGCAUGAUGACUUCAGACAACUUGAAGCAGAUCUCAUCAGGUCAAUAAACGAAACAAGUGGAAAGCUGCUGCGAGGAGAAUGCGAUAAUUUCUAUGAUCAUGUCAAACAGGCAAUUGUAAGAACUGAUUUACACUGCCGUGACAAAUCCAACAAUGCCUUUGGAGCUGAAUCCUAUUGGCAAAAAGUUGCUAACUCUGAUCCACACUACAAGGCUGUGGCACUCUAUAACCAGGCGUACAUCACCAUCAACCUCGGUAAGGGUAACUAUAAAGCAGAUGCUAUGAAACUGCUGAAUGAUGCAAAGCAAUCAAUUGACACCUAUGUCUCAGAAGUCUCAAACACAAUGGUCUCAUGUAACUUAUCAGUCACUGGUAAUAAAGAUCAGAGCACAGACAAAAACAACAACUUUCAGAGUCAAAUGGAGGCCAGAAUGAACAUCUUUAAGUCUUGGAUGACGUACAUUGAUAAUGCAUUGAAUAAGCUUAAAGAGCUGGAGAAAAGCAACAGUGAUGCCAUUACAGAGGACUGUUCAGUCUACGUGCUGUCUGAAGAAAAGGACUUCAUCAUCACUAAUGAGCUGAGAUCGCUAUACGACUACGGCCUGGGGGUUGUUUUUGAGGUGAAAAAGAAGCCCAAGUUUUGCAUAGAUGCUUUGAUAUGUUUCAUACUCGGGGUGGUACAGGUUCUUGCUGGGAUUCUUAUUUGUGCGCUGACACUUGGAACAGCCAGCCAGUUUGGAAUGGGCCUGAUUGCUGAAGGAGUUUCUGACAUGAUCAGUGGAAUAGAGGGGAUGAUUAAAGGCACAUUUGAUUGGGUGUCAUGGGCAAUAUCUAAGAGUAUCAGCAUCGGCCUUGCUUUGCUAACAGCUGGCUUUAGCCUUAUCAAGAAAGCAGUUACUGCAGUGUUUAAAGUGACAAAAAGUCUCCUCAAUGGUACAAAGUCUUUCUCUUCUGUUGCGAAUGAAUUCAUCAAGUCAGGAAAGGCAAUGUUUACUUCAUUCAAAGGAAGCGUUAAGUCUGGUUUAUCAACCCUAGGUAAAGAAUCUUUUAAGUCUACAAUGAAAAACAUGACAUCUUCAGCAGUGGUCAAACAGAACUUCAAAUUUGCAACUAAAUAUGCAGUUCAGGAAAUCGGGAAAAAGUCUGUGCUCACUGCAAUGAACUACGCAAUCGAUGCAGCACUCCAGGAAGUCUUUAAGAAGAUUUUACAAAGCAGUUUUGAGAAUGUUGUUACUUUAUCAGUGAAGCAGAGCAGUAAACUGGAUCAGACUCUGGUUGAAUUCAUCAGCUCAGGCAUUCCGAAAGUUGCCUUGGAAAAAGAGAAUUUCAAGAUUGACCAGAAUUAUGAGAAGCAAAUAAAAAAAUCAGUCGGUGUGCUCUCCGAAGAGAUAAUUCCUUACCUCAUACUGGAUUGUACCAAGGCACGGGAAGUUAUCAGCAAACUCUCUGAGGUGUGUGAAGCUGCAACAGAGCUUAUGGAUAAAGCCAAACUGUCAGGUGUGCUUGAAACGGCAAAGCUGGCUCUGAAAGUAGCUGAGUACACAACAAAUCUCUGUCAAAUAUUAGGUGCCGUACCAACAAAAGAGAUAAUAGACCAGAAAUUUGUUCCUCAAUUACUGGAGAGCAUCAGUGAGCUUCAGAAAGAUAUGACAAAGUAUGACCAAGAUGGACGACACAGUUUACCUGAUGUACAACGCCUUAAAGGAGAACUUCUACAGAUUAUCUCUCAGAAAGUUUCUGAGCAAUUCAUCAGUUCCUGUUCUGAACAUAUGACUUCUUUAAUGACCAACACAUUUAAGAGUCAGUUGGACACUGCUGCAGGAAAGGCGUUAGACAAGGUCAUGCACAGACAUAAAACUCAGAGUUUCUUUGAUGACCAGAGAGAAAAACACAACAAGAAAUCUACGAGCCACAAGGAAGUGGAACAGCUGUCACAUGAGGACAAAACAAAGCUAAUGCAGUAUACAGAAGAAAUGUGCAAAGCCAAUCAGCCUGCUACAGCCCUCGAUGUGUAUGUGCUCACAAAAAGUAACCUGCUGAACGGAAAAGGGAUUCAACUCACUGUCAUUGAUGAAAAUGGAAAACAGUUCACUGAGGAACGUUACCCAGGAACCACCAAAUCAGCAGGCGAUAUAAAACUGAGAUUAACUAAAUCUGCAAAAGCCACACAAACAUCACAAGCUGAUGCACAGAUGUACAGUGGCCAUUUUGACAUUAUUGCUCUUUAUGAUGCUGUAGCUCAAGCAACUGGCAGCAAGACAGAAGACCCAAAGAAGGAAGCAUUAAUUCUACGUGAGAAAGUGAAAAAUGAGAUCCAGACAAACUUUGAAUCGUACACACCACUGCUUAUUCUCCAGAGAGGAUACGACUUCUGCCAAAAAAACCCUAGGAAAUAUGACAUAACUGGAGGAAGUCAAAAGGAGACCAAUGUUGCACUGCAGGAAUACUUACAGAGUGUUAGAUUCAUCAAAAGUGACAAACGGAUCCUUAUCAAAAUGUACCAUCUAGGAUUUGUUGGUGAAUAUAACAGUGUUCAAAGUGCUCAAAGGUCCAGUAAGAACAACACAGCAACGCUCAACACAAGCCAUAUUCCACCAAAGGACUCCAUCAGACUGGCUCAGAUGGCCAUAGAAGACCCAAACUCAGGGAGCGAGAUUAAAAAUAAAAACCCGGAGCUUUAUAAACUGAUCAGCAGCAUAAAGACUGACAACAAUGGAUUGAACCUGAUUGCCAUGGAGGUUCUGGGACAAGAUCACAGACAAGCUUUGACUACAGGCCCAAGCAGCCGCUCACAGGUGGCCAGGAAACUUCUAGCAGACACCAUGAUUAGUGGAGAUGUGGAGCUUCUGCUGAAACGCUGCAUGAUUCUGCAUCACCCGCGUACCUCACGAAAGCUCAGAGAAGCUCUUGGUGAAAGCAUUCAGUCUCAGUGUCACAUUUUGUCCGAUGAAGACAUACAAGGCUACUACAAAGCAGGAUACCGAAACCUGGUGUCGGAGUACAGCCGCAUGGGAAUCCUGGAUCAGAAGCAGCGUGAGUGUCUGGAUGCGUGGGUGACUCAGGACCAGCAUGAGGACACCAACACUGCAGAGUACAGCCAGCUUCUGCAGGCAUUAAAGUAAAAAUGUCUGAUGUUCAUGAACACGUUUUCUUCAGAGCUUCAUGAUAAAUACGAUGAUGGUAAGGAAGAUGAUAUGUAGUACUACAAAAAGUAGGAAAUUAUUAAUCUCUGCCAUUGGAAUCUCAUUCAUUGUAAAAAAAAAAUAAAAAAUAAAAUAAAAAAUAGCAAGUUAAGUUGUCUUGUUCUAUUGGUAGAUCAUAUUAGUAAUUUUUUAAGCAUUUAUUUGUAGAAAGCAGCAAUAGAAUAAGAGCAUUUAAACUCAAAAUCAGUAAAAAUGUCUAGAAAUAUUGUGUACUAUUAAAAAAUUAGUUUUACUGUAGUCACUUCAGUUUGCAUGAUGAUAAUGUUGUAAUCUGUGUGUUUGGGGUUUAAAUAUGUAGAGGGUUAAAAUAUUACAGGGUUAUUUCACAAAACAUGAAUUGUAUUCCAAAUAUAAGAAUGGUAUUGGGUUGUGAUUAAAUGUUGAAAAUAUAUAACACAUAAAGCAAAUUUUCAGCCUCUUUUCAGUAGACUGAUAUACACAUUACAGCUCAGAACAAGAGCAUGUUCAAUUUCAAGCGUCUUCCUGAUUAAAACUAAAAACACACUGAAAUCAUUUUACUUUAAACUGUGUGCUGAAUUUAUAAUCCCAUAAUUUUUCAUAAUCAGUGAAAUGAGUUUCUGAACAUCUACA